CAGCCGCGGGCUCCCGGCCCCGCAGGCCCUGCUGCUGGUCGACCCUGGCGCCUCUGCGCUCAUGGCUUCCCCGAGCAAGGCAGUUAUUGUUCCCGGGAACGGAGGCGGGGAUGUGGCCACCCACGGCUGGUACGGCUGGGUGAAGAAGGGGCUGGAGCAGAUACCUGGUUUCCAGUGUUUGGCUAAAAACAUGCCUGACCCAAUUACAGCUCGAGAGAGCAUCUGGCUGCCCUUCAUGGAGACGGAGCUGCACUGUGAUGAGAAGACCAUCAUCAUAGGCCACAGUUCUGGGGCCAUUGCAGCCAUGAGGUAUGCAGAAACACACCAAGUAUAUGCUAUUGUGUUAGUGUCUGCAUACACCUCUGACUUGGGGGAUGAAAAUGAGCGUGCCAGUGGAUACUUCAACCGUCCCUGGCAGUGGGAGAAGAUCAAAGCCAACUGCCCUCACAUUGUGCAAUUUGGCUCCACUGAUGAUCCUUUCCUUCCCUGGAAGGAACAGCAAGAAGUGGCUGACAGGUUGGAAGCGAAAUUGUUCAGAUUCACUGACCGUGGCCACUUUCAGAACACGGAGUUUCACGAACUGAUCAGUGUGGUAAAGUCUAUGCUGAAAGUACCAGCAUAGACAGGAUCACUUCUGCUACUUUGCAUUCCAAUAUAGGGGUAGAGCAAUGAUCAGGUUAUUAAUAGAUAAAAAUCAUCUAUUAUCAGAUGAUUAGUGGACACAUUAAACAGAUCAAAGUUCUGAAAAAAAACACAGUUUCAAUAUUCAAACUAAGUUACAAACAGCAUUUCCAUUUUCCAUUGGAUCUCUAUCUCACAAACUGCCAUGAACUAAAGUAUUUUUCCCAUUUGAUUAGGGACAUAAGGACAGUUUAACCACCUUUAUCUGUACAAAGUCAGUAAGACAGGAGUGGAAUCCAGCUUUCCUGAUUCCCAGUCCAGAUUAAAACUAGUUUUGUGUAUGUUGUAGGAGUUGUACUCCUCUUCGAAAUGAACCUUUUUCUAGUUGGCAGGGUGGGGUGAAGAAAAUACUAAAGGUCCAGAGUGGUGGAUUAGAGCUCAAGAUUGUAGCUGUUUGGGGCUGGCCCAAGACAGUAAACCCAGACUAGGGCUUUCAUCUUUGGCCCCUGCCCUCCCUUCAAGCAUGUUGAGGGAGAGGGAUACAUACAGAUCUACGAGUCAGGGGUAUGCUGGAUCCGGCAGGGAACAGAAGCCCAGCCUGUACAAACAUGUCAGCAUAGCCAACCAGAUGUGUGGUAGGGAUUAGGACAGCACAGGGAACUUGUGCGCUGUCUAAAUUGUUGUCAUCUGGGAAGGUGGCAGGUUGUUGCCAAUUUUCUGAUUUUUCGAGGGAAAAACUUCAUGUAGUGGUUUUCAUAUCUAGGGACCAUAUAUGUUUAUAUACAUGGUUCAUAUGUAUAUGAAUUAUCCCCAAUACUUGUACAUAUGGAUUACAGAAGUUGGCAAUGACAGUGUAAAUAAAAAAUUUACAAACACUGCAAGACAUGCAAAGCCCAAGCCACCCAUUUGUGACUUCUGCCAUUAGGAUUACCUUAGCCAGGUGCUUUAAAUAAUUCUCUGUAAGCCUGAGAAACUUCAUGUCAAAGGAUGAAACCAUGGGAAUAAUAUAAAUUUUGUUAAAAAUUUUUAAAAGUCAUCUUUCCAUACUUCAAAUUUUGUUCUGUAAAGAGUUCUACCUUUUAAAUUCCAUGUUCCUUUAGCUUGCUUUCAAGCAUCAUUCCACGACUUUUCUUCUGAUGAUACUCCUUAAAAAAAAAAGUGUUUUCCCUUUCCCAACAUUUUUUGGCUGUUAUGAUCCCUAAGUAUUGACUCAAAACAAUUUCCAGUGACUUCAUACUUAAUGUUACAGAAUCUGAUGCUUGCUGCAAAAAUAUGAAUUUCCUUACUAUAUAUAUAUAUAAAGGAGAUUCAAAGCCAUCAUUUUAACCUGAAAGGUCUUGGCUUCUAAAUGUGCUCAAAGAAAGAAAGGAAAGACUCUAAACUUUUAAUAGCAGUUACCUUUCAGGAGUGGGAAUUUUAGGUACAGUAUGAAGGAAGUCUCUUUUUAUUUUGUACACCUGGGGGUUAUUGAGUUUGUUAUAGUGAACAUAUAUAAUUACUUUUAUAAUUAAAUGACUAUGUUUAAAACAACUCAUUUGACAUGUUAGUGAGAAGCAAAUUAGAUAAAUUGAGUAAUAAUUUUCUUAAAAACGUUUGAUUUGACCAAGCCUAUAACCAAACUUUAAUUCUAUUUGAAUUACUUUGAAUUAGUAAUUGUUCUACUUACUUUCAGCCUUGUUUUCUGAAGUCUUUUUUCAAAAAAUUACAGUUAUACUACAAAUAAGUUAAAAUAUUUUAUUGUCCUCUUUCUCCACAGAAAAACAACAAAUACAUACAAUUGAGAAAUAAUUUUGAAAUUCUUCAUUCCUAUAAUUAACAUAGACCUGUAUAUAAGGAUUGUGCUAUAUAAUAUGGUAGCCAGUAACCACAGGUAGCUAUAAAUUAAAAAUUCAGUUCUUCAUUCAAGUCUUCACAGUCAUGAAGUGACUAGUGGCUACUUUUACUGAACAGCAGAUAUGGAAUACUGUCAUCACUAUAAAACAUUCUGUUGGACAGCAAUAAUCUAGGGCAUGUAUUUUUAUUCUUCCCUUACCCACCAUCUAGUAAUGAGUAAAAGUUCAAAGUAAAAGUCACUCAACUUGAAA